GGGCGUUGAGAGGCCGUCAGAGAGCAGCCGGUGUCUGCUGCACAGAGCUGCGUGUUGGCAGGGGGAGGAAACAGAGCAGAGAUGUAGCGUAGCUCACUGAGACUCUGUGACCAGCCGUCUGUCACUUUUUACUGGGGGGAUUAUAUGUUUGACAUUACCUCGGAAUGGGAAUUACUGGAUUUGUUUCUUUUGCACAUUACACUCCAUGAAUGUGACGCGUGAUGCGCCUGAGAAGAACUACCUUUGGGGGGAAAUGUUGAUGGUUCGGGACGGGUUUGUUGGAGUAGCUAGUUGCUAGCGCUGGGCUAGUAGCGACCGAGCUGCGAGGAUGCUUCGGUGGAUCCGACAACAGCUGGGCUUUGACCCCCCUCAUCAGAGCGACACCAGGACGAUUUAUGUAGCAAAUCGUUUCCCCGAGCAUGGCCACUACGUACCACAGCGCUUUGCCGACAACAGAAUCAUCUCCUCCAAGUACACUAUUUGGAAUUUCGUCCCUAAAAAUCUAUUCGAGCAGUUCAGAAGGAUAGCCAACUUCUAUUUUCUUAUAAUCUUCCUUGUACAGUUAAUGAUAGACACCCCAACUUCCCCUGUCACCAGUGGUCUGCCUCUCUUCUUUGUGAUCACAGUAACUGCCAUAAAACAGGGCUAUGAGGAUUGGCUGAGACACAAGGCGGACAAUGAAGUGAACGGGGCUCCAGUGUUUGUGGUUCGCAGUGGAAGUCUAGUCCAGACGAGAUCCAAGAAUAUCAGGGUUGGAGACAUUGUUCGUGUGGCUAAAGACGAGACGUUCCCCGCUGACCUGGUGUUACUGUCGUCUGAUCGUGCAGAAGGCACCUGUCACAUCACCACAGCCAGCCUUGAUGGAGAGACCAACCUUAAGACUCACUACUCUGCGGCAGAGACAUCAGUGUGUCAGUCAGUGUCCCAACUGGAGGCUCUGCAGGCGGUGGUGGAGUGUCAACAACCUGAGGCUGACCUGUACAGGUUUGUUGGUCGGGUCACAGUGACUCAACAUGAAGAGGAGAUUGUCAGACCGCUGGGUCCUGAGAAUCUGCUGCUACGAGGAGCCAGGUUGAAAAAUACCAAAGAGAUUUUUGGUGUGGCAGUUUACACGGGGAUGGAGUCCAAGAUGGCCCUUAACUACAAGUGCAAGUCCCAGAAACGCUCUGCAGUAGAGAAGUCCAUGAACACCUUCCUGAUCAUUUACCUGGGCAUCCUGCUGUUUGAGGCCAUCCUCAGCACCAUCCUGAAGUAUGCCUGGCAGGCCGAGGAAAAAUGGGAUGAACCUUUCUACAAUCAGAAGACUGAACAGGAUCGAAACAGCAGCCCGAUCUUGAAGUUCAUCUCAGACUUCUUGGCGUUUCUGGUCCUUUAUAAUUUCAUCAUCCCUAUAUCACUCUACGUUACUGUGGAGAUGCAAAAGUUCCUGGGCUCCUUUUUCAUUGGCUGGGAUCUGGACCUUUAUCAUGAGGAGACCGACCAGAAAGCUCAGGUCAACACCUCUGACCUCAAUGAGGAGCUGGGACAGGUGGAAUAUGUGUUUACAGAUAAGACAGGUACGCUAACGGAAAACGAGAUGCAGUUCCGCGAGUGUUCAAUCAACGGAACCAAGUACAGGGAAGUUAACGGCAAACUGGUGCCUGAGGGGAUGACUGAUGAUUCACCAGAUGGUUCAGCGCCUCAACUGAUGGGCGAGGAGUUGUUGUUUCUGAAAGCGGUGUCAUUGUGUCACACGGUUCAGAUCAGCUACGACCAGCCAGAUGGUCUGGUUGGGGGAGGAGACCCAUUCUCCCAAGUAAACGGUUUCUCUUCCAGUCACAUGGAGUACUACGCCUCUUCUCCAGAUGAGAAAGCUUUGGUAGAGGCAGCAGCAAGGAUCGGAGUGGCCUUCACUCUCAGCAAUGGAGAAACAAUGGAGAUCAAAACAUUUGGAAAGUCAGAGAAAUAUAAACUUCUUCAUGUAUUAGAGUUCGAUGCUAACCGCAGGAGGAUGAGUGUCAUACUGCAAACUCCCUCAGGGGGACAGGUACUGUUCACCAAGGGUGCAGAAUCAGCCAUCUUGCCUUUCACCACCAGUGGUGAGAUAGAAAAGACAAGACUCCAUGUUGAUGAGUUUGCCUUGAAAGGUUUGCGGACCUUAGUGGUAGCAUGUCGCCAUUUCAGACCAGAGGAGUACAUCGAUGUGGACAGGCGUCUGAACGCCGCCCGCACUGCGCUGCAGCAGAGGGAGGAGAGACUGCAGGAGGCCUUCAGCUACAUCGAGAAAGACCUGCAUCUGCUGGGAGCAACGGGGGUGGAGGACAAACUCCAAGACAAGGUCCAGGAAACGAUUGAAGCUCUGCGGCUGGCAGGGAUCAAAGUGUGGGUGCUGACAGGGGAUAAACAUGAGACCGCAGUUAGCGUCAGCCUGUCGUGUGGCCACUUCCACAGAACCAUGAACAUCCUGGAGCUUCUGCAGCAGCGCUCUGACAACGAGUGUGCUGAGCAGCUCCGCAGAUUAGCCAGAAGGAUAAAAGAGGACCACGUUAUUCAGCACGGGUUAGUGGUGGAUGGUGCAAGUCUCUCCUUAGCGUUGAGGGAACACGAGAAGCUCUUUAUGGAAGUGUGUAAAAACUGUUCAGCUGUGCUGUGCUGCCGCAUGGCCCCACUGCAGAAAGCUAAGGUGGUUCGUCUUUUAAAAACUUCUCCGGAGAAGCCCAUCACACUAGCUAUCGGGGAUGGAGCCAAUGAUGUCAGUAUGAUACAAGAAGCUCAUGUAGGCAUAGGUAUCAUGGGAAAGGAGGGUCGUCAGGCCGUGAGAAACAGUGACUAUGCAAUUGCCAGGUUUAAGUUCCUGGCUAAAUUACUGCUGGUCCACGGUCACUUCUACUACAUUCGAAUAGCUACACUUGUACAGUACUUUUUCUACAAGAAUGUGUGUUUUAUCACGCCCCAGUUUUUAUACCAGUUCUUCUGUUUGUUUUCACAACAAACCCUGUAUGACAGUGUUUAUCUGACACUGUACAACAUCUGCUUCACCUCGCUGCCCAUCCUGGUGUACAGUCUGUUUGAACAGCUGGUCCAUCCACACACUCUGCAGAGUAAACCUGGCCUGUACAGGGACAUCAGCAAGAACUCUCUGCUGUCUUUCCGAACAUUCCUGUACUGGACUCUGCUGGGCUUCUGUCACGCCUUUGUCUUCUUCUUCGGAUCCUACAUACUGAUGGGAGAGGACACCUCGCUUAUGGGCAACGGACAGAUGUUUGGAAACUGGACAUUUGGAACGCUUGUCUUCACAGUCAUGGUCAUCACCGUCACAUUAAAGCUUGCUUUAGAGACUCAUUUCUGGACGUGGAUGAACCAUUUUGUGACCUGGGGUUCGAUCGCCUUCUACUUCGUCUUCUCUCUCUUCUAUGGAGGCAUCAUUUGGCCGUUCCUACACACCCAGGACAUGUACUUUGUAUUCGUACAGCUGCUGUCCAGCGGUUCAGCCUGGUUCGCCAUCAUCAUCAUCGUCAUAACUUGUCUCUUUCCUGACGUUGUGAAGAAGGUCUUCUAUCGACAUCUGCAGCCCACCAGCACACAGAAGAGUCAGUCUCUAUCAGCCCCCCAGGCGCAGACCCUCAGCUGUGUGGAGUCCCUGUGCUGCUACCAACAUGGGCAGAGCGGCUGUUCCCGCCUGGCCAGCUUCAUGGAGCAAAUGACCGGACAGUGCCGAUCCAGCACCAACCAUUGCACCGCAUCCAGCCGCAGCAACAGGUCUUGGAGCGACACAGAGAACUUCUACUCCAAUGAUCGCAGCAUCCUGACCCUGUCACCCAUCGAGGCUACCCACUGCUGACUCCCGGGGGUCUCGAGCACACAGUGAGGGAGAGAGCUACCACUCCGCUCUGAGUCACAAUCACACCACCACACCCCAUGGCACCGUUUUACGCACCUACUUCAGUUUGCAGUCGAUGCACUCUCAGCACAGAUGGGAGCUCUCAGAGUUUAUCAAACCAAAGGACCUGGCUGGUUGCAACAGGCUGCGAAUCAAUCAACAGAUGACCACGUGAUUCGAGCUGCAACUGGAAGGAAAUAAUACAUGAAGUGUUGAGAACGUCACGAUGGUAUGAAGCUGACGUCUGAAGAUGAUCCAGUCAACAUCUGAGCAGCAACAAUUAUCUUUCUCCUGCUGCUCACAGCUCGGCAGCUGCAUGUGACAGCAUCAUAUUAAAUUUCAGCUGACUCAACAUGAAAGAACUAAUGUCAGAUAACAGGUACAUGAACUUUAAACCAGAUAUUUAUUUUUCUUUAUCGGCACAGUUGCGAACCUGUUAGUUUCUUGCUACUGACAUUGAAAUGAUCCCGUCAGUAAUUUGUUGAACCAGGAGGGAGAUUCACGACAGUCUGGACCUUUUGGCUGCAGAUAUCCGUCCAUGUCAGACGUCAGUCCUCCUUGAAUCAGUGCAUCCUUAGCGUUGGAAUCUUACCGAGCUGGUUUGGACUUGCUGACACUGUACUGUGUUUAAGACACCGGCUGUCAGGAACGUACAUGUAGCACCAAGACACAGCUUAACAGACUGUACAAAGUCUACAUGUGUCAGCUAACAGCUGAGGCCCAACAAGAUGUUACUUCCAUAAACUCCCGUAGCUCAGAGGAUCAUCAUUUCUCAUCCUGAUGGAAAGGGAAACAUCCCGUAGCUUUAGGAGCCGUACUGGCUCUGUAAACAUCCAGACUUGUUUCCCUUCAGAGCUGCAGAACUCCCUGAAUACUGUGGAAGGAGAUUCAUCUCUAUAGCAGAACCAAAGACCAAAGGAUUGAGACUGGAGUGUCAAAGAUGAAGAUGCGUUUAUUUUUGUGCCUGAUUGUACAGAAGCUUAUACUGUUGAGAAGACUUUUGUUAUUGCCCGCGCUGCUUUCAGGCCUCUCAGUCCUCGGCACGGUGCUCUGAAGGAGGUCGGUUUGGGGCCUGUUUGAAAAGCCAUACAUUUUCCUGAGUUUAUAUUACUGGUAGAUUAUCAGAGGUACUACAGAUAGAAGCUGUUUGAGCCUGUUGUCACUCUGUGUUUGGACCCUUGUUCCCCUUGAAUGCCUUUUCUGUUUCGGCCUGGUUAGCAGAAGCAUCUCAGCAUUAGAGACCUCACUGCUCUGGGGACAUUCAAAGAGGGUAGGAUCAAAUGUCCGAGCCUCUGAACAUCCACAUUAGAAGUAGAAUCAUCCCUCUCAGUUUCCUAAAAAUAUGUCCUGAGUAUCGGCUCGGAUAAUGGUCCCAUUUCUUCUCCGGCGAGACAAAAAUGGCUCUAAUGGCGAGAUGCUUUCCCAAACUGCGGCUGAUGCAUGUCAACCCAGACAGCAGAAUGUCUCUAUCUUUAGAGGGAUAGCUUUAGCAGAUAAAUAUAUAGUUCAGCUUUGACAGAGAGGAAACGAAAAGCAGAACAUUUGCACAAGUCACAUAUCAGAAUCACGUCUUCUUGUUUUAAACUCAUCGUUCGUCUUUUCACCAUCAAAAUCAUCCAUCGUUAUUUUGCUGUUUCUGUUUUUUGCCUUGUGUGUAUAUCCUCAUGUCGAAGAAGCAUUUGUGCGUGCGUGAGUGAGUGUGUGUGUGUGGGAGUAUUGGUGUUUGUGUGCGUCAGCCAUGCUGGUUGAAGGAAAUACGGUACGGACGCCUUGUUUUAAGGUCUUGAAUGAUCCUCUAAGGUCGAAAGUAUCUUUAUUGUCCUCGGUUUGUCAGGACGGGGUAUUCGGUGUUUAGGGUACAGACCAAAAUAACAACAUAUCAGGUACUAUGAUGAAACGGCUCAAGUUAAACAAAACCUCCAUUGAAUCUUUUUGAUGCUCGGAUACAGACAAAUUAAUGAAUUAAAGCAUUAUGAGUGGACAGUCAGAUACUUGAAGCAGACUUUGAUUACAUGUAAAGAUGAGUUGAUCUAAAUGCUGCAGAUGUGUCACAAUAUCACACCUGGUGAAGUAGAAGGAAGAAGGUAACUUAAAAUCUCUAUCGCCAUUAGAGCCCUGCUGAUAGAUUGUUUGACCAAUAUCGACGCUGUUGAUGCUGUUUUCCAGCGUUCCCACAUAUAAAAACCCUUUAAUCAGAACAUAUCAUGAACAUAUCUUAAUGUUUGAAGUGAUGUAGAAAGGCCAUGAUGUAGUUUUUCUUACAGCCAACAGAAGUGACUGGAAAUGUGUCGAAGAAUCAGCCGUCUGAAGACUCCUUAAUAUAUUACAAAAGGUCAAUUUCAAUCGCAGUUCAACUAAUUCAUACGUCAGCUGCCAUAUUUGUGAUAUUUGUAUCAGUCUGAGGAACCCGUAUCCGUCGGGCUCUAAUUGUUACACCAUCACUUUAACAGUGUGGUUUUCAAAUUUGCAGCUCAAGAGUUUGCCCUCUUCCUCAGAAGUAUCAAUACAAUGAGCUGUUUCUGGUUUCAAGAGAAGUCCGUCUACUCCAGAAGUUUGCCGAACACAGACAGGAGUGUAACGUAGGAACCUUUUUGUAGACAACCGUUUUAGACUCGACAUCUUCAACCACACCACACUGACCGGUCCCUGCCUCUGCUCACACAGGGAGCAGACAGAGUUACACGAUGUUUCUGGGGUCACUGUUUCGAUGAUGUUUUUACUCGUCAUCUUUGUUUCUCUUCUCGACGGUUCAUUGUUGGAUGCGUACCUGGGCCUGUUAUAUCCUGUCUGUAUGCGGGUGAUGCUCAAAGUAUCUAUUUAUUAUUAUUGCUGUAUGUUUUUUUCUGUUUUGUUUUGAACAUUUGUUACAUAUGAAUUUAUAUUUGUUGAAUAUUCACGGUCUGAAUGAAGAUUGUUUCAGGUUCUCAUGUAAUCAGACGGUUUAAACUCCAUCCAAGCUUUUUCUUUUGUUUCACCUGGGAGCUGCACACCAGAGUUUUAUUAUCACUGACUAUUAAAGGAAUGCUUCCAGUUACACAACAACUCAACAGAUAAUGUUUAUUUUUAUAUUGUUUGAACUGUUUGGGUGUGUUGAAAACAGUCUACCUGUACACACCUAUGAAAGCUGUUAUCUGUACCUGGACCUAAACAAAUACAGUCCUGUUUAUUCUGCUACCAUGUUGUUUUGUUACCUUGUUGUCUCUGCAGGGAGCUGAGAAAUAAACCUUGAUAAUAGAGGUAUGUAACAGGCAGGAAUGUCCUUUAAACUGGAAUUGCAUUAUGGGGAUCCAGUUGUCCAAUUGUAGGAUCCAGUGUUUCCAGAGCUUGACUUAUAUUUUGGACUUUGCCUUUGAUGCAUUUAAUUUGAUGUUUUUCUAUGAAACUUUAUUGAAAUGCAACACUAGAUUCACGAGUAUCCCUUUAACACUUUCCUCACAAAACACUGGAUCCUACAGGUUCUGAAAGGAUCACUCUGCCUAGUAAACGUCAACAACAUGAAGUUAAGAAGCCAACAGUGAGACGCCCCUUAUGACAACAUACAGGUCUUUUUUUUUAACUUUGCAAGAGCCAAAGGCAUGCCAAUGCUCUCACCAACAGAGUAAAACUUCUUGUGAAAAUUAAAUGUUUCUGGUAUCCGUUCAUAUUACAUGAUAAAUGUCCAGACUAGGUAAUCAACAUUUCUGAUGCAAGCUAAGAUGGCAAGAACAAUCCCCCAGCUCUAAAUUCUGCAACUCGGAGCGAUCCAGAAGAAAAUGAACUUCUUUGACCCUGAAAGUUAAAUCAAAAUUUGGCAUUCCACCUCUCUUGAAUAAUGAAAUUUGCUCAAGUGUGCAUCAGGACUUCCAAGAUUCAGAGCUGUGACCCUGUGGAGUUACUGAAUGACAGCAGAGCAGAUGGCAGAGGAGGGAGUCCUCCCUGACCCAAGGCAAGAAAGUCUGAGCUGUGCAGAAAACACCUGCAGUGGUAGAGUCGCUCUGAUGCCCCCUUGUGCUCAGAUUUGGAGACCCAACAACUUCAGAAUUACCCAGAGAGAUUGUGGCAUCAGAACUCUUUGGCAUAAAUAAAUACAGAAUUACAUACAGGGGGGGGGGGAAAGCAAGUAAAUGCCUGAAAUAUGAUAACUAAUAAUAAUUCCAGUAAUCGCAAGACACUAUAAAUAAAAGUGAGUAAAUUUAAGUUGGAUUUCUGAAAGUCGCUUUUCCAAUGUGUCCGUCAGAAAGAGCGAGACAUGAUAUGACCUGAAAUGACUCGCAACAAAGCUCUUAUUUUGAAAAGAAGCAGGAAGAAGAAACAUCAAAAACAAAAAUUUGAGUUUUUAAAUAAUCCUUAAAAACUUGACGGUUAUUUUCAAGUAUUUCCAACACAUUGGGUCUCCAUAUUCAGCUGUGUUUAAAGUGAAACAAGAGCACGUCAAUGUAGUCAUCCCUGUUUUUACUGAGACUGUUUCCAGGUACAGAUUUUUUGUUUCAUAUCACAUGUAAUCAGGGGCAGUUGUUCUUCAAUGAUAUCUUGAAGCAGAGCAUCACAGCACUGACGUCAUCAAAGCUUCAUCACAGCAGAGCAGAGCGGUUUGGAUACGAGGCCUCCUCCUCCGGGGUAUUUCUGGACUCGGAUAACUCGGCCACAUAGUUCGACAAAUUAUCUUUUAAUAUUUGAUACAGAUGAUGAAGGAGUCAUCCAUCAGAAGCACCAUUCAAGUUUAAUUAGAUAUGAAAGACAAAAAGAGAUGUUCAAUUCAGUCCACAAGCACGUCUUGAACGUACUCCUACUGCUCAAAAUAUUGGCUUUGAUAACGGAGAAAUAAAUCAUGUUAAGGUCAUUAUGCCAUCUUUUGUUUUAAUCCCUGAAAACUUUCACCUUCAAGAAAAUUAGCUGGAAGGAAACUUUUGAACUCUUGUAAAAAUGCUGACUUCAGUGCUGAUGUGCUCUUUGAAAUCCCAGCCCGUGGUUUGCAGACUUGAAUCAAAUUAAGGUCUCCCUCGAUCAAAUCAGCCAAAAAGAGGAAUCUAAAUGAAAUGUCAACGAUCAGUUUGUGCAGCAGAUCGUCCUGUGACUCAGCAUCAGCCUGUGAGACUCCAGACUGCUGCUGAACGGCUUGAUGAAAUCAUGUUUUAUUCUCUCCUGUCGUCAUAUAUCAUGCUGCAAUCAAACGACCAACACGCCACGUCUUCUGUUGACUGAUAUCUGUCUGUCCGUCCGUCCUUCUGUCUGUAAUUCUGUCUUAUAGCUGAUGUUUAUGAAGAUGCGGUUCUAUUUACGAAAUAAAUACAUUUUUAAGAAAGA